ACAACUUCUUGUUGGGACUUUAAAUACGGUGUGACGCUYUACUCGGGUACAUUUAAAUGAGAACCGUGUUGCGCAACUCCAUAGAAACAAGAGGGCAAACGCAACCCCAACUAUUUAAGKACACUCUAAAUCCUGCGAUUUAUUUACACCUCUUGUUAAAUUUGGGGGAAACAAUGUCAAACGUCCUGCUAUUAAGCAGCGCCAUGGAGAGGUUGUCCACACCGAUGACCUUUCCUCYCCACGCACGCACGGGCGUCUGUCGUAAUCUUUUUGGACCGGUGGAUCACGACGAACUGAACCGGGAUAUGAAAUCCAAGAUGCGGGAGAUUUCGWAUAGGGACCAGCGGAAAUGGAACUUUAAUUUCGAGGCCGAAGUGCCAAUGUCUGGGGACUAUGUGUGGGAGGAAACCCCGGUGGAUACGAGCCCURUUUUCUACCAGGACUCUGUACAGGUCGGGAGGGCGAGGAUUGUUGUAACACCGGUCAAUGUGAAGCCAGACGUUGACGUUAUCCGACUGGACCCCUCUUCUCAGGGUGAAUCGCCUCAUUGUGAUGACCGCUUGACCAGCUCCAAAGGUAACACUCCAUGCCUCACCGAAGUCAACCAGCAGAACUGCGCAGUGAAGCUGAACUCGGGGAAGCCUACUCGCAAACAAGUCCCGUGUGUUCGAUGCAAAAUAACUACUGAUACGACGACACUUGCUACAGACUUCUACAUGAAACGAAAACGGAUGACGACCGAAACGAAGCUAAAUGAAAGCACUUGCCACCACCCUUCGUCUCAAUGUCACGUAGAACAAACUCAACGCAAGAAAAUUCGUUGAAGGCGUUUGAACAAUCCUUUGCCCUAUAACCCUACCUUCCAACUUGAAGACAAGACUGAAAACAAGGGAAGGAGGACCAUUCAUUGGCUUGGUGUGUCUGAGUGGACCUACAGUAUAUAGAAAGUAGCCGACACUCCACGGGGUCUCAAGAUUGAAUGGCCGGGAAGAGAGAAUUCGCAGAAAGACUCAAACAAAAUGUAGCAUUCAUGGUUGCUUUGCAUAAAGCCACUUGACAGUGUUAAAUGUGCAAUCCUAAACUGUUUUAAAUURUCUACACUGGCCAAAGUGUUCAGCUUUAUAAAUACAGAUUUCUGUUAAGUAUCUCAGGGUUGUUUAAAUAUAGGCUAUAUUUCAAGACUAUUCUAACUUAUAAUUUAUUUAUGUUUCUUUAUAUUUGCAAAUACCUUUUCGAUUUAGCUAAAGGGCAACUUUUUAUUUACAAUGUUUUUUUGGUGAUGUUUUGCAACCAUGUAGCUUUUUAUAGUACACUUACAAAGUAGAUUUCAUAGUGCUUCUGAGAUUUUUUUUUCCCCCCUGAUUUUCUGUUCAGCAAAAGAUGACAAUAAAGUAUUUUUUGUU